AUGAACAAGGGCGGAUUGUCGUCUGUGGCUAAUGCGGCGGUGGGAGAAGCCCACCGCAGGCACGUUUGCCACUUGUACAAGCGAGCGCUUAAGCUUCAGCUCGAUUGGUUGGUGAAGCGCGAGACGUGGUACCCCGAGGCCAACAAGACCCGCGCCCUCUUCCGCCAGCACAUGAAUGAAACCGACCCGCGCACCAUUUCGCGCCUCGUCAAGGAUACUGAGAAUCUUCUUUAUACCUACCGCCAUCCCGACCCCUACGUUUCUCCAAUGUCCGAGGGAGGCACCAAGUGGCAGCGAAACGUGCCCGUUCCCCCGGAGGUUGCGGAGAACGGCUGGGCCGAGUUCGACUACGAAGAGUUUGAGCAGCCUCCGCCCAAGGCCGACUUCUGA